GCUGGCAAAUAACGCAAACAAAUCAGUGAACGCAUGAACUCCAUGACUGACAGUUAAAACAGAACAAUGGUUAUGACUUGGCAUGCUCCGUGUCAUUUGAGACGAGGUGAAACUAGGGAGAGAGGGAACCAGCUGUCAACAAUGAUUUAUUGUUAGCUUAUAUUUUCGGUGUUUUUUUUUUUUUUAAAUUUUUUUUUAGACAUAUGGUGAGUCUCUAGUCUGACAGUCCUACUCCCUCGUCUUCCUCCUCCUCUUCUUCCUCUACGGUGUUUCCAGAACCAACGUUGUUCUGAGUUCGUGACAAUUCUAAAGAGAAUCCUUACCCACCGCGAGCACACAAAUACAGAGAACAUAGGACGUGCGCGUGCCUUCUUGCCUUCCGUCGUUUAUCUUCUUGAGACUUCACACCCGUGAACACGGUUGACUGCUCGCCCUCCUGCAGGCUCUAAGCACGAGGGAAUCACUCGCAUCGGUCCGUCAAAAUGCAUACACGAAAACAACAAUUACCGGCUGAAGAUUAACAUACAGACACCUGCGUGAGAAUAAAAGGCGCGGCGCCUGAUCUUUACAGUUAUCGGUUUCGUUCAACGGAAAACUGGAUUUUUCUGUGUUCUUUAGGGGAGGGGGUAAGCGACAGUAGAUACAUGAGAGGAAGGGUAGCAGUCUGAAUAGCAAGGAGGGUGUCUCGGAGAGGAGGGAGAGAGAGAGACUGGUGCUGUCCUUUCAGAACCACGGAAAGCAGUCACCCUUGGCACAGCAGUCACCCUUGGCACAGCAGUCACCUCACUGCCCGUGGAUGUCAUAAACAGGUUCUACCAAAACCACCACAACAGGAGGAGAGUCAUUGUGUUGGAUUUGGAUAAAAAGAAAAACAAAACAAUUAUAGCAUCAUCUUUAUCUCUCGGAUGUAUACCACUACGAGGUGACGUCCAUUGUUUAUGGGAAGCCAUUGACUACAAUCAUUUGUGCAAUUAUGUGUUCUCCCUCCAGUAGGUCUGGUUGGUGAUUGAUUUCCGUGACAGGUUGGAGAACCGUUGGAGCAUCUGGCAUUAUCAGUGGGAAUAUGUGCUAAAUUAGGUCUAUACGUGUAUUCUUUGAGGGUCUGUAGUCUGUAAUAGCAGCAGCAGAUUUAUUUUGUGCAUUGCUCUAUUUCCUAUAGCAUCCUACCCCCCCCCCCCCCCCCUCCCCUCCCCUGGUAAUCCCGGGUGUGCAUGUGUUGCAUUUGCGAGAGUUCUCCCUCCCUCCCUCCCUCCCGUUGAGGCGUGCGGUGCUCCUAGAGUUGCCGUUGUGAUGCCGGGAACUUACUGGAGACAUGCCUAAGGGACGCAAUGGGCUUGAGCGACGAGAAGGAUCGCAUUGUGAUAAAUGUGGGAGGUAUCAAACAUCAGACAUAUCGCGGUACCCUGCGUACCCUGCCCGGCACCCGCUUAUCCUGGCUCGCCGAACCCGACGCGCCUAGCCACUUUGACUGGGAUGACAAACAUGAGGAAUUCUUCUUCGACCGCCACCCGGGUGUUUUCGCCCAUAUCCUUAAUUAUUACCGGACAGGUAAACUGCACUGCCCUGCCGAUGUCUGCGGACCACUGUACGAGGAGGAACUGGCCUUCUGGGGCAUCGACGAGACGGACGUGGAACCGUGCUGCUGGAUGACCUAUAGCCAGCAUCGGGAGGCGGAAGAGGCACUUGAUAGUUUUGGCGGGGGGGCCCUGCUCGACCUGACUGGUAACGAUGAUCCAGACCCGGAGAUUGCAGCCGACCAGGGGGACGGGGUUGGUGAUGAGGCUGAUGAGAUGACAAGGAGGCUGGCACAGGGGGAUUCUCCAGAUGCCAAGGCAGGGGGGGUUUGGGGCCGCUGGCAGAAACGCAUGUGGGCACUGUUUGAAGACCCCUACUCCUCUAAAUAUGCACGGUGGAUAGCCCUGGCCUCUCUGUUCUUCAUCCUCGUGUCCAUCUCCACCUUCUGCCUGGAGACCCACGAGUUCUUCAACCCCAUCGUGAACCGCACCGAGCUGGAGCUGGUGGACAACGUAACGGUGGAGCAUGUGUACCAGGAGACGGAGACGGUGGUCUAUCUCACCUACAUCGAGGGCGUCUGCGUGGUCUGGUUUACCUUUGAGUUCAUGAUGCGAGUCAUAUUCUGUCCGGAUAAGAUGGAGUUCAUGAAGAAAGCUCUCAACGUUAUCGACUUCGUGGCUAUCUUACCGUUCUACCUGGAGGUCGGGCUGAGCGGGCUGUCUUCUAAAGCGGCUAAGGAUGUUCUGGGGUUCCUGAGGGUGGUGAGGUUCGUCAGGAUCCUGCGUAUCUUCAAGCUGACCCGUCACUUCGUGGGCCUGAGGGUUCUGGGUCACACGUUACGGGCUAGCACCAAUGAGUUCCUCCUCCUCAUUAUCUUCCUCGCCCUCGGAGUCCUCAUCUUCGCCACGAUGAUCUACUACGCCGAACGGAUGGGAGCGGACCCGACCGACCCGCGCGCCAGCGAUCACACGCACUUCAAGAACAUCCCCAUCGGAUUCUGGUGGGCCGUCGUUACCAUGACGACCCUUGGCUACGGCGACAUGUACCCCCAGACGUGGUCUGGCAUGCUUGUCGGCGCGCUGUGCGCCCUAUCGGGUGUACUGACCAUCGCCAUGCCCGUCCCCGUGAUCGUCAACAACUUUGGAAUGUAUUACUCCCUGGCCAUGGCGAAGCAGAAGCUACCAAAGAAGAAGAACAAGCAUAUCCCGCGAGCACCCCAACCAGGAUCACCCAACUACUGUAAGUCCAGCAUCAACUCUCCUCCAACGCCCCAUAAAGCACCGCUCCUUCCUGAAAGCCCGAACUUAGUCCACCCCGUUUUGGCUCUGGCUCAAAACAUGGCUCUGACACACGACGACGUCUUUGAAGUACAGUUUCCAGAUUCCAAGCUGAAUGGGGAGGCGGCCAACGCAGCUCUAGCCAAUGAGGACUGUCCUCAUAUAGACCAGGCCAUCUCGCCAGAGGAGAUCUUCAGCCCCAGUGAGAGAGAACGGCCUUGUUGUCUUGUCACCACAGCUGCAGAACGACCCAACCACACAGGGGGUAGAGUCAGGAGGGAGACCACCCAGCGACAGCCUCGGAGCAGACCAGCAGCAUCAGACUCAGUUUGUGUAAUGAACCAUGGUGUUCCCACCACGAUAUGUCUGUCCCAUAAUAAGACCCCCUCACCGCAACACCAGCCCCCCAUCUGAUAAUACAGUAGCCUUGUUUGUUGUGUGUAUAAAAUUUGCAGUUUUUAAACAAAUGGGUGUUACACUGGCACCUCAUUCCCUAUGUAGGGCACUACUUUUGAACAGGAUUAUUCCCACCUACUGUGUGCAAGCCCUCGGUCAAAAGCAGUGCACUACAUAGGGAAUAGGGUGCCAUUUGGUUUUAAGACGCAUCCUAACUCAGCAUCGGUGUAGCACAGAGGGAGUGUUGUUGUCAAGCCUCAUGUAGCUCAGUAUCUGUGACUGGUUAUUGUGCUGUAAUGUGCUGUAAUGCUCUGUGCCUAUUGUUUGGUGUGUAUGUGCCUGUGUAUACACUUUUGUGUGCAGAAGGUGUGUACUACUGCUAGUACUCUCAAAGGUUUUUGGGAGUGAUUAUCAAAUAUUUGUGUGCUGCUUCUGUGCUGCUUC